UAAGUAUUUUAACCGUAGUUUAGUCAAUAUUUAGCUCUGCUUUUAAUGAGCUGAUACAACAGAAAAAACUCCAGCCUAACAACCAACUGAUUAUAACUAGCAGAAUUACGACCAGAACCAAUACAGUUAUAUGAUAUUAGUGUUGGAGAGUACUGCGCAGUCUGCCAUUAAAACAUGGAAUAAACAACAGAAUGUGGAGGAGUGGUUUUUACUUAAGAGUAGUGUUUGUGAUCUAGAACAGUGAACUUUUUACAACUGGAAUUGGAUCAGCUACUUUGUUUACUAAUUUCCAUUGUUAUGCCUAAUUGAUUGAUUUAAUCAGGUUAUUUCGACCAUGUAAGGUCUCAUACUCGUACUUCUUCAAUGAUCAAUCUAGUAGCGAUCCUCCGUCGGGGGACUACACUAACCUCAAUUCCAUACGGCGUCGUUUUCAGAUUCAUCACUGUUUCGCCACCACUGCAUCUUUCUCAGCUACGUUUUCUCGCCAUCUCCAUUGCCAUACCCAAGUUAUACUCUGCAACAUCUUCUUUCCCCUCUACUUUGAACCCCAACAGUUUAAGCCCGACCCCUUUUCCCGACUUGGUUUCGUUGAACAAAAGGAUCUCCCAUUUGAUCCGUACUGGUCGGAUUAGUGAAGCCAGGGAGGUUUUUGAUGGGUUGAAGAUCCGAAACGUUGUAACGUGGAAUUCAAUGAUAAGUGGGUACGUGAAGCGUAGAGAGAUGGAGAAGGCACGUAAGUUGUUUGAUGAAAUGCCGCAAAGAGACGUUGUUUCCUGGAAUUUGAUGAUAUCUGGCUAUAUAUCGUAUCAGGGUGGUAAGGCUAUUGAGGAAGCGCGAAAGUUGUUUGAUGAAAUGCCUGAGAGAGAUUGUGUUUCUUGGAAUACGAUGAUUAGUGGGUAUGCCAAGAAUAGGGAUAUGUCUAUCGCAUUGCAACUUUUUAACAGCAUGCCAGAGCGGAAUGUUAUCUCUUGGAAUGCAUUGAUUACUGGGUUUUUAAGGAAUGGUGAUGUGGUUAAUGCUGUUGACUUCUUUGACAAAAUGCCUGAGCGUGAUGGGGCUUCGGUUAAUGCACUAGUGUCAGGCCUUAUUCAGAAUGGUAAGUUAGAUGAAGCAGCUAGGAUACUGCUUGAGUGUGGGAACAAGGAUGGCCUGAGAGAAGAAUUGGUGCAUGGUUAUAAUACGCUCAUUGCUGGCUAUGGUCAAAGAGGUGAGAUCAAGGAAGCUCGACGACUGUUUGAUGAGAUGCCCUUUUAUAAUGAUAAGGGGAAAGAAGGCCAUAAGAAGUUUGAGAAAAAUGUGGUAUCUUGGAAUUCCAUGAUUAUGUGCUAUUUGAAAGCGAAAGAUAUCGUCUCCGCCAGGGAACUUUUUGAUCAAAUGACAGAUCGAGAUACCUUCUCUUGGAAUACCAUGAUCACUGGCUACGUUCAUAUGUUAGAUAUGGAAGAGGCCUCUAAUCUCUUUGGUGAAAUGCCUUAUCCUGCCUCACUGACAUGGAAUUCAAUGAUCUCAGGGUUUGCAGAAAUUGGCGAUUUAAAACUUGCUAUGAACUAUUUUGAGAGGAUGCCCCAAAAGAACCUGGUCUCUUGGAACUCCAUUAUAGCUGGAUAUGAGAAAAACGAAAACUACCGAGAUUCGAUUAAGCUUUUCACUCAGAUGCAACAUGAAGGAGAGAAACAUGACCGUCACACUUUGUCUUCAAUUCUCAGCGUGUCUAGCGGGUUGGUGGAUCUGCAUCUUGGUAGGCAGGUUCAUCAACUGGUUACAAAGACUGUUAUGGCAGAUGCACCAGUGAACAACUCCCUCAUCACCAUGUACUCAAGAUGUGGGGCAAUAAAAGAGGCAAGGAUCAUCUUCAAUGAGAUGAAACAACAAAAGGAUGUAAUUUCUUGGAAUGCAAUGAUUGGAGGCUAUGCAGCUCAUGGUGUUGUUGUAGAUGCUUUAGAACUUUUCCAACUGAUGAAGGAACUCAAUGUGCAGCCCACUCAUAUAACAUAUAUUGCAGUGUUGAAUGCUUGUGCUCAUGCAGGCUUAGUUAAAGAAGGCCGAAAGCAUUUCGAAUCGAUGAUUAAUGAAUUUGGAAUCAGGCCACAAGUUGAACACUAUGCAUCUCUAGUUGACGUGAUUAGCCGGCAAGGGCAGCUUGAGGAAGCCUUGGAUUUGAUCAACAGCAUGCCAUUCAAACCAGACAAGGCAGUUUGGGGAGCUUUUCUAGGUGGCUGUAGAGUGCAUAACAAUGUUCAGUUGGCUCAACUUGCUGCUGAGGCUUUGAUGAGGCUAGAACCAGAAAGCUCAGCUCCUUAUGUGUUGUUGCACAAUAUGUAUGCUGAUUUAGGGCAAUGGGAUAAUGCAGGCAAGAUUAGGUUGGUAAUGGAAGACAAUCACAUCCUCAAGAAACGAGGGUAUAGUAGAAUAGAUUUGUAAAUGUUUAACAAAUUCUUACUAUCACUUAGGAUUAACCUUAAAAAUUCACAAGAUGAUAACACAUAUUCCACAUAUAGCUCAGUCUCAUUGCUUAAAUAUUUUUUUGUGAAUUGUUUGGGGUGGAAAAUAGUAUAUAAAAUUUGGUUCCCUAUAUUGACCCUUAAUAAUUUAACAAAUAAUAAUAUUGACCCUUAAUACUUCUGAAGCUUUCACCUGCUUCCUUUCCCAUAAUAAUGAAGCUCAAUUCUUCACCUUCUUGUUUA